AUGUCUGGAAACCAAAGACUCAAUAUUUUUCCCACUCGAAUGGCUUUAACUUUAAUGAAAACAAAAUUAAAGGGGGCUCAAACAGGGCACAGUUUAUUAAAACGUAAGAGUGAAGCUCUCACGAAACGUUUUAGAACUAUAGUUCACAAGAUUGAGGAAGCUAAGCACAAAAUGAGCAAAAUAAUGCAAGCAGCCUCAUUCUCAUUGGUCGAGGUAGCUUACAUUGCUGGCGAUAUUAAUUAUCAGGUUCAAGAAAGUGUUAAAAGUGCGCAAUUUCGUGUUCGCACAAAGCAAGAAAAUGUAUCUGGUGUCAUGUUGCCUGCAUUUGAAUGCUAUACAGAGGGUGCUAAUGCUUUUGAAUUAACUGGUCUUGGACGUGGUGGUCAACAAAUUCAAAAAUGUAAGGAAACUUAUGUUAAAGCAGUUGAAACUUUGGUAGAAUUGGCUUCAUUGCAGACAGCUUUCGUUAUCUUGGAUGAAGUUAUAAAGAUGACAAAUCGUCGUGUCAAUGCAAUUGAAUACAUUAUUAUACCAAGAAUAGAAAAUACUAUCAAAUAUAUUAUUUCUGAAUUAGAUGAACAAGAUCGUGAAGAAUUUUUCAGAUUAAAAAAAGUGCAAGGUAAAAAGAAGAGAGACCAACAGGCUGCUGAUAAGGAACGUGCGAUUGCAAGCGAAGAAAUUUCACAAUAUGCGCAACCCAUGGACUUAUUGGAAACCAAUGAUGAUAAUGAUAUUAUUUUUUAA